UGCACGAGUACAAAAUGAAGACUAAUGACGACCAGGUUAUGGCUGAUUCUUCUUCCAACAAAAAUGCCCCAAAACCAAAGCUGCUUCCAGCAUUGUGUAGAAUAUAUGUGAAUACUAGAAAGAAGAAUAAGAAGAAAGUGGAUGUUGAAGAAGAAGAACAACAACAACAACCACCACCACCAGCUGAGGUGAUGAAUCUCGGUAGUAAACAAGCACAGCAAGAAGUAGUGACGAAUGCCAUUGAUACAAUUCCGGGUGCUUCUGAUGUGCUGAUUGAAGGUGGUGAGUCAAUUGGUGUUGUCAAUGUGGAUCAGCAAACCAUUUCUGAAAUUGGUGAUAAUUCAGCCGCAGACCAAAGCAUGGCUGAUGGUUUUGUGGAUUAUCAUGCAGCAGCAUCCCAAUGUCCUCCGAGCUUCAACUAUCAAGUAACUCUGAAUCAACAACAUCCUUCUUUCGUUGGUUCCGGAUCCAAUACAGGUUACCCCGUGGCCGUGGGUGCAUCCUCGUCGCAUGAUCGGCCAACUGAAUAA